AUGGCCGCUUGUCACUUUGUUUGCUCCUUUGAUCCUCAAACCACUCUUUGGAUAAUGUUGAGAAGAAGAAGAAACCCAGCAAUCGAACCUCACCAAAAUAAACAAAUUAGCAACGAAGAUCUCACCAAAAACACAAACAUUCCCUCGCUAUCUAUUCAUACGUAUCCCUUCCAACUCACACCCUCAAUGUCUUCCUCUUCGGAGGAACGCACAAUCAUUAAGGAACCCAAAAAGGAAAAAGACAUUCAUAUCAAAAAACCGCUAAAAAAAUGGUCAACAGUAAUCCCCCAUUUAGGAAGACGGGAUGAUACAAAAAAACACAAAAGAACUUUAUCUCAGUCAAGCACCUUGUCUGUAACUACACAGGAACAUAAAUCCAAAGAAUCCAUACAUUCUUACGAGGAAAUCGGACUCGAAACCCCCCGGGCAUCCCCAACUUCUCCAGAGCCCAAAGAAAUAGAAAACCCAUGCCUAAAUUGUCAAUUUAAAUCAGAGUGCGAUAAACAUAUUGGACCUAUCAACAAAAGUACAUGCAAACAGACCAACUUUCGCAAAAGAUGGCCGCACAUGGCAAUAAAACGACAUAUGUCCCAAAAUCCCACCGACGAACAAUUAGCAGCCUACAGUAAAUAUGAUCCGCCAGAACCACCGCCACAAUUGAAAGUUUAUUCCAUGUACUGGGCCAAUGAUAGCGAAGUGCCUCCUUCUCCAGCAUCUAUCCAAGAUACAGAGAGGACUAAACUUAUAAAUGAAAGGUUCCAACUGGAAACAAGACUAGAUGGAUCACGAAGAAUCAGCACUGGAUCCUCUGCGGUGGCUGUAAACUCUAUCAGCAAUCCUAGCCCACUCCCUCGUCGGUGUAGCUGCCCUGCGGAAUACUUUAUAGAUCAUCAAAAAGAAGACACCGGCAAAACACUGAGUCUCAGUGACAUUAAGGAACGGAGUAAGCCUAAUUACAUAAUGGUCCCAGUCCCUCAGAGCGAAAGAGGAACAGAUUGUAGGAUUAUGUACAAGAUUCCGGUUCCAGAUUCACCAAAAUCUCAAAGUAGAGCAAGUUCAUUCUCAAUCAUCAGUAACUCUUCUAGCUCUUCCCACCGAUCAUCUACAGGAUCUAGCUAUAACAUAGCUCAAAUUGAAGAAAAGAAAACCCCUGCAAAAGGCAUUCCUGACCUAAUUGACCCAGAAACAAAAAAAACCAUCCUUCGAUUCCAGUCAAUGCAGCCACGUGCAGCACACCUUAAGCGCAAAACGAGUGUUAAACGCGAAACAAAGGCGUUAUAUGUGUGGCGUAAGUCUGUAGAAGCAUUGUUACAGAAAAAACCAGAGGCUCCCAAAAAUACACAAGAAUGGUCACCAGAAAAGAAAGAAAAGCAUGCGCUUACAAGAAAGUUCAUUCUUCAAGAGUUUUAUACUACAGAAGUUACGUUUUGGAAUCAACUGUAUUUUGCUAAAGUGAUGUUUUACGAUCCUAUAUGCGAUCACUUUGACAGAGGGCUUCCUUUCAUUAAACCCAAAAGCAUCGAGCCAUUCGCAAACAUUUUUGACUUGAUGCAGCUGUCAGCAAAUAUCAUCGAAAGAUUCCGUUACAAACAGGCAGAUCAGACGGCAUCCAGUUACUCAAAGUUAAAUUCAGCUGGUUCUUUAGAGUAUUACAGAUGCCAGGUCAAUAUGUGUAUUGGAAAACACUUGGUCGAGCUUUCAGAAGGCAUGGUUGCUUUUUUGAGACAUGCGUUGGAUUAUAAAGCCAAUAGAAAACUACUAGAGAGCUGCCAAACUAACAAGAUAUACCAGCAGUAUCGAAAGAAAUUGCACACACGAAAGGAAACCAGAAAUUUUACAAUGAGCGACUACUUGAUCAUUCCUAUUCAACGUGUGGCACGCUAUGGCUUACUCCUAGCAGAUCUAGCAAAGCACACAGAUUCGAACAAUCCAGACUAUGAAUACAUUAUCCUUGCCCACAAGAUUGUUACCGGACUUGCCACCGCCAUGAAUUACGCCCAAAAAUAA